ACUUUUCAUAUUCAAUAAAUAAAUAAUCGCAUUUAGCUUUUCCCCAAAUUCCCUAAAACCUCACUUCACAUCGCCGGCGACGAACACUUCAGCUUGUUUGGUGGUAUAUAUCUUCACUUAGGGUUAGGUUAGGGAUUUUGAAGUUUCGAGUGUUGCGAGGGAUAGUUGAUUGAAGCAUAUUGUAAAAAUGGAUGAUGAGAUUCAGAAAACGCAAGAGGAGAGGAAGAAGAUGGAGCAGCAGCUCGCUUCUAUGAAUACGGUGACUUUUGAUACUGAAUUCUAUAGUUCGAAUAAAUUUGAGGGUUAUGAGAAAUCUAUUCCGGUGAAUGAUGAUGAUGAUACUUUUGAUACGGAGAAUGAGGUUGCUAGAAAGAUGGCAUCUUUCACUGCGCCGAAACAGUUUUUUAAGGAGGUUCCACGGGGUGCAGGGGAAGAGGAUGAGCCGAGUGGGUUUAAUAAACCGAGUAAGAUUAUUGAUAGGGAGGAUGAUUAUAGGAGGAGGAGGUUGAAUAGGGUCAUUUCUCCUGAGAGGAAUGAUCCUUUUUUGGAUAAGACUCCAGGGCCGGAAGUGAGGACGUAUGCGGAUGUUAUGAGGGAGGAGGCUUUGAAGAGGCAGAAGGAAGAGUUGAUGAAGGAGAUUGCGAAGAAGAAGAAGGAAGAACAGGAAAAAGCAGCGGAUAAAAAGGAGGAGGUUGAGAAGCCAGCUCAGAAGAGGAGGAAUAGGUGGGACCAAUCGCAGGAUGAGGGUGGUGCGAAGAAGGCGAAAGCUGGUUCAGAUUGGGACCAGCCGGACUCAACACCUGGGAUUGGAAGGUGGGAUGCAACCCCCACACCCGGCAGGGUCGGUGAUGCAACACCCUCUGUCAAGAAGAAUAGAUGGGAUGAGACACCUACACCUGGUAGGGUUGCUGAUUCAGAUGCUACCCCUGCUGGUGGUGCUACUCCAGGUGCAACUCCAGCUGGUAUGUCUUGGGAUGCUACACCAAAGCUUGCAGGUCUUGCUACCCCCACGCCUAAAAGACAGAGGUCAAGGUGGGACGAGACUCCAGCUACUAUGGGAAGUGCAACUCCCAUGUCAGGUGCUACCCCGGCAGCAGCUUAUACACCGGGUGUUACUCCUGUUGGGGGUGUUGAACUAGCUACACCAACCCCUGGUGCCAUUAAUUUGCGUGGUCCGGUUACUCCUGAACAAUACAAUUUGAUGAGGUGGGAGAAGGACAUUGAAGAGAGAAAUCGACCCUUAACUGAUGAGGAGCUUGACUCAAUGUUUCCUCAGGAAGGAUAUAAGAUUUUGGAUCCUCCAGCAUCCUAUGUUCCCAUUAGAACACCCGCCAGGAAGCUUCUUGCCACACCAACUCCUAUAGGGACACCUCUGUACUCUAUUCCAGAAGAAAAUCGGGGUCAACAGUUUGAUGUACCAAAAGAAAUGCCAGGUGGUUUGCCAUUUAUGAAGCCCGAGGAUUACCAGUAUUUUGGUUCCUUGUUGAAUGAGGAAGAUGAAGAGGAGUUGUCUCCCGAUGAACAGAAGGAGCGAAAAAUUAUGAAGCUUUUGCUCAAGGUUAAAAAUGGCACUCCCCCUCAGAGGAAAACUGCUUUGAGACAGCUCACUGAUAAGGCCAGAGAAUUUGGUGCCGGGCCCUUAUUCAAUCGGAUUCUGCCAUUGCUCAUGCAACCUACACUGGAAGACCAAGAAAGGCAUUUGCUGGUUAAGGUUAUUGAUAGGGUACUCUAUAAGUUGGAUGAAUUGCAAGCUGCUCCUUGUCCAUUUGUUGUCUAG